AUGGCGGUGCCUGCCGCAGACCGAGGAGCUCGCGUCUCAGCUCCAGUUGUACAAAGGAGAAGAGAGGAAAGAAACCAGGUAGUUGAGUCGUUGGGAAAGAAGAACAAGCUGCGUGUGUACUAUCUCUCCUGGCUGAGAAACAGAAUUUUACACAACGACCCUGAAGUGGAGAAGAAGCAGGGCUGGAUCACAGUUGGGGACCUGGAGGGAUGCAUCCACUACAAAGUUGUGAAAUAUGAAAGAAUCAAGUUCUUGGUGAUUGCCUUAAAGAAUGCUGUAGAGAUCUACGCUUGGGCUCCUAAACCAUAUCACAAGUUUAUGGCAUUUAAGUCUUUUGCAGAUCUCCAGCACAAGCCGUUGCUCGUGGAUCUCACUGUAGAAGAGGGUCAGAGACUCAAGGUUAUCUUUGGAUCACACACUGGUUUCCAUGUGAUUGAUGUAGAUUCUGGGAACUCUUAUGAUAUCUACAUACCAUCUCACAUUCAGGGCAAUAUUACUCCUCACGCCAUUGUCAUCCUGCCUAAAACAGACGGGAUGGAGAUGCUUGUGUGCUAUGAGGAUGAAGGCGUAUAUGUGAACACCUAUGGACGGAUAACUAAAGAUGUGGUGCUCCAGUGGGGAGAAAUGCCUACUUCUGUGGCCUACAUUCAUUCCAAUCAAAUAAUGGGCUGGGGAGAGAAAGCUAUUGAAAUCCGGUCAGUGGAGACGGGACAUUUGGAUGGAGUAUUUAUGCACAAGCGAGCUCAAAGGUUAAAGUUUCUAUGUGAAAGAAAUGAUAAGGUAUUUUUUGCAUCGGUGAGAUCUGGAGGAAGCAGCCAAGUGUUUUUCAUGACCCUCAACAGAAACUCCAUGAUGAACUGGUAACAGACGAGCACUUGGCACUCACCGCCAUGGCAUUAUUUCUAAUUUAAAGGACAUUAAACACGUGGACUAACACUGUAGAGGCAGAUGCGGAGGGCCCCGAAGAACACCGCUCCCCACGCCCCCCCGGUGCCGCC